GGGACACUGCUCAGAGUUCACGUUGUUGUUGUUGUUGUUGUUGUUGUUGUUGUUGGAGUGCAUUUGUGAGUGUACAAGAGGAGUUUGGGAACCUCCGACUCUUGGUAUGCAACAGCUGACUGGGCUUACGCUUGGUAUUGCAUGCUCAGGGGCUCGAAGUUUCUGAACGAGGAGUGAACAACUGUGACUGUUGGGGUCUGACCAACAUGGUUUAGUGUUGUUGUGUGCUCUAAGGCACCUCGUUCAAAUCACUGGGUUAGUUUCAGGUGUGUUAGAGCAGAGAAGUAGUACAGUUUAUGGUUCGGUUUUCAGUCGCUGAACGUUCCAGAGCUGGAGGACGUGCUCUGAUACUUGUGUUUAGUUGCAUCUUUCAGUUUGUAUACGUAUAUGUACAUGUAUCAGCAUUGAAUUAUAUUCUGCCUAGUUUGCUUUGGAGUUAUUUAUUUAUUUGUUUGUUUAUUUAUUUAAAAAUCUGCAAAAUGAAUGAAUCUGAACGCGAUCUGAAAGACGAGAUAAAAAUAAUCAUCUUUUAAUUACGAUUGCGUUUCUACGCGGGUGUUUAUUCCGACAGUGCCAAACUGUUACUCAACAAUAUGUGCCACAAGCAACAUGUCAGGAUUAUAUUGUGCAUGCCAUAUUAGAGAGAUUUAAAAAAAAAAAAAAAAAAAAAAUGAAAAGGAAGAGUACUGUCUUGCUUGCAGACAGCAAGUUCAAACAGGCAUCGUGUCGUUCAUGUUACUACAAGCACUGUGGUUGUCUUUCAUGUGUUGGACACUAACUUCUCCUCGAGCUCAGGCGUUUUCCUGGCACUCCUCUCAGUUAUUGUUUGUGCUUUUUCAAAAAUAACUUGUCAUAAUGAGGAAAUUAACCACCGUGGAACCUUUCGGAGGGAAGGAGGCGGAGGGAGUAAUGUGAUAUUUGCAUCUGUGGCGUCUGGGGCAUGAUGUUAGUUAGCUGGUUGAACUAACGUGCUGCAACUUGUUAGACGACCUGAGGCAUUUAUUCUUUUGUCGUGUGUAUGGAAAGCACUCGAUAUCGGAGGCGAGUCAGCCAAGGCUGAGUUCCAAACCGUGUUGUAGUUACGUUGUAGUGUACGAGACUGCUGUAGGCAGUGUACUAUUUUGACAUACUAAUAAUACAAUAAUAUCCAUUCUUGGACAAAGAACAAGACUUCAGAAAGCACUUCUAUAGCGAUGUAGAGAAAUGACUCCUCAACCAAACAACAGAAUGUGUGAGCCCAGUCCUCCUGCGAUACAACCCCAUGCUAGUGGUAACGUGACCAUGGUGGGCAUCGGAAUCAAGUUGGAGGAAGCACCUGGAGACGGAGGCGGAGUCAGGGAGUCUUCGCCUUCAUGCCAACGGUCAUUACGGCUGAUAGCCGAACGAGGUGACCCUGAGAAGUUGAGCAUUCGCAGCACACAGUCCCCUUUGGCAAGUUCACCAAGCAAAGAGCAAGCACACACACUUAGUCCCAGCAGUCAUGAUGUGCUGAACAGGACCAGCAGCAGGCCCGAAGCCCAGCCGAAUGUCAGCGAGGUUUGGCAUCAACAGCAAUACGCCCAUCACCAUCUUCUGGCUUCCUUCCAGUUUGUGAGCGUGCUGCCCACAAUUGAGAAAAUCCUGAAUGCAGACUGGAGAGAGAAGAUCUUGGGAAAGGGAUUCCAAGGCACUGCCAACGUAAAAGGCACUCCAGAAAGCCUGGCUGAGAAGGAGCUUCAGCUGUUGCUGAUGAUUAACCAGUUGUCUGGGCUGAGGGAGCAGUUGCUGGGAGCACACUCGGAGCAGAGGAACAUGGCCGCCCUGCUCCUGGAGAAACAGCAGCAGCAGAUGGAGCUGGCCCGGCAGCAGCAGGAACAGAUUGCUAAACAGCAGCAGCAGCUGAUCCAACAGCAGCACAAGAUCAACCUCCUGCAGCAGCAGAUCCAGCAGGUGAAUCUUCCCUAUGUGAUGAUCCCUGCUUUCCACCCGAAUACACAGCCACUGUCCGUGUCCUCCGAUACGCAGAUGGGGCUCCCGCUUCAGCCCAUUCCCUGCAAGCCAGUGGAAUAUCCCAUGCAGCUUCUCCCAAACCAUCACUCCACCCCUAUCGAAAGAUCCAGUGGUACAGUCUUUCGACAGGAAAGCAGUCAGCCAUUGAACCUCACAUCCAAACCCAAGAGCCCCCAGAGUCUGGAUCUUCCCUCUUCCCACCUUCAGUCCACCUACAGGGCUAGAGAUCUACAGCACAGCUCCCCUCGACCUGCUCUUAGCCUGGGCUUUUUGGGAGAGGGGGAUAUUGUGAGCCAAACCAUCCACGAAGCCCAGCAGCUGUUGCGAGGAGGCCAAGGUCCAGCGAGCCGAGAGAGGGACGGCAGCACAAGGCUGAGCGAUUAUAAGGAAGCGUCCCGAGCUGACCGCAUACUCCGUGCCGACCGUGCGGAGGACGGACAGUCCGUACGGACGAACGACGAGCAUCUCAGCAGCGACUCCGAAGGACAGAUGAUCUCUGGAGUCGGGGGCUACAGUGACAGCCGGAGCACCUCUUCCGGUCACAUCAAGAGACCCAUGAACGCCUUCAUGGUGUGGGCUAAGGACGAACGCCGGCGCAUCCUACAAGCCUUUCCUGAUAUGCAUAACUCAAGCAUCAGCAAGAUCCUAGGCUCACGCUGGAAGUCCAUGUCGAACCAGGAGAAGCAGCCGUACUAUGAGGAGCAGGCCAGGCUGAGCAGGCAGCACCUGGAGCGCUACCCCGACUACAAGUACAAACCCCGGCCGAAGCGCACAUGCAUUGUGGAAGGCAGGCGGCUGCGUGUGGGCGAGUACAAAGCCAUGAUGAAGAGCCGCAGGCAGGAGCAGCGCACCUCGUACCCACCCAGUCAAUCAGAUCAGCAGCUGCACUACUCCACAGCCGAUUCUCCGUACUCCACCAAACCCAUGUCCAUGACCCUGCCUCUGCACCCUUCCCUUCUGGAGCACUACCUCCCUCGUUCCCUCGAGCCACCCCAAGCGCCACGUGGCCCAGAGGAGCCGGACGGGCCACGUUCCAAACCACCGUACAGCGAGGGAGAAGAGAGUGACGCGGGAGAGCGCAGCGAGGGCGAGCUAGUGGUCCUCACCGACUGACAGACGGGUGGGACGAGAGUGCAGGGUGCUGUGAGGUGAAAUGUUCAGGUUUCUGGGUUGACGUGCUUUCACGUGUCGAGGGCUCACAGUUCACCCUGAAGUGAAUCUUUGCUUUUCCUAGACGACUUUACGCCAGUCUUGAUGACAAUGUUAAGGGACGGCUUAUUAAAAAAUGCUAGUUAUUUACAAUAAACAAUAAUAGAUUAUUAUUAGUAUUUGAUGGUCCUUCAGUGCUGCUGUCGGUCAAAGUACUGCACUUUUUUUUUUCCUUCAGAGAAAAGGACUUUAAAAUGCAGAUGAUGUCACAGGAAGAACUGCGCGUAUGAGCAGCAGAUAAACUCUGGGAAAUCAGGCUUAACAGUUGUAGUUUAGGUUAAAUUAAAUAACGCUACCAGACUAAGAGAGCUAACAUUAAUGGAAACAUACGCGAAAUGAAAAUAAUUUUUGGGCCAAAUGAUUCCUUUAAUUCAUGCUGAAAUCAAUCAGUAGGUUUACAUUAUUUGUGAACUAAUCAAUUUAAACCUGCAUAAUUGGCCUCAAACGUAAAUUUGUUAAAGGUUUGCACUGGAGCUACAAGGAUAAAAUCUUGGAGACCAAACAUGACGUUUUAUAAGCAGUCCCUCCAGGAUUUUGGCGUUUCGCUCUCGCAGAAACGAACGCAAAAUCAAGCAAACUCUGCAAUAUUCAGAGGAGCUCGCGAUUUUUCGAAUUCACCGCAAAUUUUCGGCAAGAUGCAUCAUGUGAUGCGUGUUGUGAGGACAAUCAUGUGCGUCGAACAUGAGUACAGCUAAAAGGUCUCAUUUACCAACAAACAUCACUGCAAUAGUGAAUUUCAUGCAGUUGUGAUUUUGCCAAUUCAAGUAAUUUUCCAUAUAAAAAAAAAAAAGCACAAAAAAUACUGCAAGUUGUGUUGCAAAAUUUGGGUGGGGGGUAGAGGGGAGGAGCAGCAAAAGCACGCAUUGUUGCCAACAACAAUCAGAAAAAUAAAAACUCGGCGAAAUCCUGUAUGGACUGAUUAACUUUCCUUUUUGGCCCAUCAAUUUCUGUAUUGAAUGAGGAGCAGUGUGUUGGGGUGUCAAACUCACGGCCCGUGACCUGGGUCCAGCCCGAUAAGGGCUCUAAUCCAGACCACCAAAUGUAUUUAGAAUCUGUUUUCGAUAUUAAAAAUCAAUUAAUCGGCCAUAAUCAAAUUGAGCAAAUUGAAUAUUUAAAAAAUCCACUAGGGGCAAAAUGGAGCACCAAUCUCGGGGGGGGGGGGGGGGGGGGGGGGAACUUAUACAUUUACCACAUUUAUUUCAUUAUUAUUGUACCUUUUUAACAUAAAUGCAGAUUUUUGUGUUAUUGUUUUACUAAGCUGAUUCCCACAUGACGUUGGCCUGUACGUAAUCAAAAAUCUGUUCGACCCAGCUGAUAUAGAACGUCUUUUAAUCGUAAUCAGUUUGUGCGAUCAGCAGUACUGAUAUUAAGCAUUUCAAAUGUGCAUGUGAUGCCACUAAAAUACUGAUACAAUUAAGGCUACUGACAAGUACGUCCUAUAAGCUGCCAAAACACACAUCGAACUGGUAGAACAGAACCGGUUUCUGAAUAUACGCCUACUAAUACCCAUAUCAGAAAAGUUCUUUUAAUAACACAAAUAACGCAACAGUAGAAAAUUGCCUUCCCUCGAUCACUUAUUGAUCAGUUUCAUUAAUCACUUAAUAAGGAAGAUGAAAAAACUAUAGUGCUGGCAAAGAGAUGGUGUACUAGGUUGUUUUUUUUUUGUUGCCGUUUUUUUUAGCUCCCCACACCAAGCUGGAUUUUUUUUUUCUACGAGUGAACACUGAAAUCCAUUGAUGUACUCUUUUUUUUUUUUUUUUUUUUUUUUUUUUUUAAAUUAUUUUAUUUUAUUU